GACGCCGGAGCCCGCCCCGCCGCCGGCCCUCCCCGCCCCCGCGGCCCCGGAGGCGCGGGCGGCCCGGGAGCUGCUGGCAGGUGAAGCGGCCGCUCAGGCCGGGGCCGCCAUGGGGGAGGCGCUGCCCGCCCGGGGGCCUGUCCUGGCCUUUCCGCCUCAAAACCCGCCCGUGGCAGCGCUGCGCGGGUGCCAGUUGCCUCCUCUGGUUUAAGUCCUGUGCGAGCCGCAGAUGUGACUCGGCGGAGAAAGCCGAAAGGAUCGAACCGCAGGCCUGGCCCACUUCUAGAACUUAAAGAGAGAACAGCAAAGGUAUUUGUCAUCUUACAAAAUGAUAGAGGAAGAAAGAAAACAGCUGUAUAGAAAUAGCAGACAGUAGAACAGGUGUACAGAGCAAGAUGCUGCACUUUAUUGGACAGUACAUGGAAACCCUUUGGCAGCUACAAUGACGCGCUGUACAGCAUUCAUUGAACUGGAAUCAGAUACAAAAUUCAAAGCUUCCCAAAAGUUGGUUGCUGACCUAAAUGACAGUGUGGGAAACUGCAGAGCAAAAUGAGCAGAAUGAGAAAUGUUUUGCACAGUGCAAGAGUUGCCCCUACGAGGGUUGCUCCAUCAUAGUCUCACCAGAUUCUGACCCUUCAAAAAGCUGGAGAAGAUCAGAAAACCAGAAGUAUUGUCCCCAUGUGAGAAAUCCCACAGACAUAUGCCUAACAUGGAAGACAACAGGGAUGUAAAAAAUGUAUUUCAAACCCAGGAAAAUAUUUCCUGCCUAAGGGAUGUGUCAGAGAAUGGUGACGAUCUAAUUCGUUUUAACACAACAGUUAGUGUCAGUGCUGGAAAAGCAGAGAAAUACUGCAGCAGACAGGUGCAUUCCAGCCCCACAAAUCUGAUCGCUCCUCACACUGACAACUGUUGCCUUAACACAGAAGACUCUGUUUCUAGUCAGUCUCCGGAAGAUACCCACACAUGUGAAAGGAAUGAGCUAGGUAAACCUCCAACCAUGAACACCCCGUUCAAUGAGCAGGCAGAUACUCCUAUAGUAAAUCACCACUAUUUUGUAAAAGAAGAUUCUGAAAAUUCUGGCACUCUUCUGGAGACUCAUCCAAAGAAAAGUCUAAGCAUAAGCGAUGACUUUUCUGAUGAUGACUUAGAGUAUUUUGAAUGUUCAGAUGCGCUGACAAUCGAUGAAAAUGAAAUCUGGGAAAAGAAAUUGCAGUUUUUAUUAGAAAGUGAUGAUGAAGGUGAUUUAAAACUCAGCAAGGAUUGUGAUGGGUGCGCUUACUUCCUAAGUGAAAUGCCUUGUCUGUUCCCAGUGUCAGAUAACACCGUGCCUAUGGAUACCCCCAUUGGCUUCUGCGGUCAUCACUCAAAAUUCGAAGGAGUAAAUGUAAGGAGAGAUCCCUCUACCAGCCAGUCAACUUUGCAGUCAGAGAUGACUCUCACUGUUGGACACCACCAAGACAAAACUACCAGUUUGAAAGACAAAGAGAAGUAUAAACUGCCUGUUGCUUCUACAGCCAUCGAAAAUGACUAUCCCAGAAUUGAAGAAGAAAAUAAUGGAAGUGGUCACUCAGCUGCAGAUUUCUCCAUUGACAAAUCACAGGACACGGAUAACGUACUUGCAAAGGUAGACUCCUCUACUAGUCGUAUAGGUGCUUCUUUGACAAAUCAGGCUUCAGAGAUAACGUCAGAAAAUAAUAUGGACGAGGACUUGCCAGGUGACAGCUCAUUGCAACUAGAGGAGGGGAGAAGAAAUUUGUUAGAGGAAAAAUCGAGGCACGCUGUCUGUGCCUUGGCAGAAAAUCUAAGAAGAAACCUUUUAAAGUUGUUAAACCCUAAAGAGCUUUGCAGGUAUGUGAGUAAUAUAGGACAGUCUUUUCAGACUGCAUCUGAGGUUGGGGAAUCCAGUGCUCUGCUCCCCAGUCAGGAAGGUGUCAUUUCAACACAAAUCCACAAGGAGACGGAAAGCUUGCAAAUGCAGGCUGGUUUGUGUCAAGCAGAAGAGGCAGAUAAAGACUGUCGUUGGGAAUGGAGAAGGACUUGGGGCCUGUCUGAGCAAAACCAGGUGCCAGAUGAGAAUGUCUCACCCAGGAAUCAAGACACCAGUCUCAAUAACUUUACCCAGAAUUAUGAAAGACGAUGUGUGGAGCCUGAAACAGAGAAGAAAGGUAUCUUCACGGCUUGUGAGAGUGCAGUCACCACCGAUCCAGCUUCAGAAAUGCUCUGUUCUGAAAAGACAUUACAAGCAAAAAAUGCAACUUUACAAACCUAUUCUCAACACCAUGCUCCGUGUGAGAAGAGUGAAAGUCCUCAGCAACAAUUCUUCUGGGAACAAGGAAUUAGUAUUAUUAGUAAUGGCAACAAAUCAAAGAAUGACAUUUCAGCUUGUUUUUUAUGGGAUACAGACUCCGUUCCUGAUAGACAAGAACGUUUAUGUGCUGUUCGGUCUCCUGCAAAGCUGUGCGAUGAGCCAAGGGAGAGAGGGCAAAGGUAUAGUUUUGACUCACAUGACAGCAAUAACACAGAUGCUGUCUGUGUUGUAUCAUGUGACGAAUAUCUGUUUGAAGCUAGUGACAAGGCAGUCCAGGAAUCUGAAGAACCUGGGUGCAAAGGAGAUGCUGAUUUAUCGGCAGUGCAUGACAAGCUGUGGAAACUUCUUCAUGAAGUUGACUCAGACUGUCAGAUCCCAUUUGAAAACCGAGGGAUCACAAGUUUAGAAAUUAGGCCAACGGAUGUCGAAGUCACAGAACUGAGCUUUGUGCAGGAGGCUUGUCCUGAUCAUCCUUUGUCAAUAAAUUUAAUAGAAGAGGAGGAACCUUUUAUACAGCCAACUAGUAGACAAAGAACAGAGAAAGAAGAUUGCAGUGUUUCUAAUAUCCUACUGAAAACAGAUGAAGCAUGUAACAGUGCAUCCAUAGGAAACAUUUCUCUUACACAGGUGGUAGAAACAGUUGGUAUAUGUCAAAGUUCUAGCACUGGAAAUAGAAAAGAAGCACCAUACGUUCAUAUUUCAGCAAAUAGUAUAUUAAAUGCAGAGGAGUGCUUGGAGCAAAAACCAAAUCAAACAUUAACUGGCGAUAAUGGAUCCAUUCAAAUGGCUGCUGUCCAGGAAGGAAAGCUGACUGUUGACAAUGCUUUACAAACAUGUGAAGGAGAUUCUCCUCAAAGAUUUAAAAAUACUCAGAGUAGUAACUUUGAAUAUGACAAAGAAAACCCAGCUUAUGUGUCAGAUAAGUCUCUUGGACAAUUACUUCAUACUGAUCAGAACACAUCCUUGAUAAAUAAGACUAUAGCUAAGUGUACAGAUGAAGAUACUGGUAAACACUCUAAUGUUAGAGACUGUUAUUCAUCAAGAGAAAAACUUGCUUAUUUCCCUGAACAAAAGGACUUUUUCCCUAGGAAUUCCUCUGGUGAAAAUGGCAAUCAAUUUAAACAUGAAAAACACUUUUCUGUUGAAGCUAUACAUAAAAGUACUGAAGAGAAUUUACAGGGAAAAGGAAAUCAUUCAGACUUGAAUGCACAGAAUGACACAGAUUCUGGCUAUUAUCAUCUUUCAAAAAAUGACUGUAAAGAUUUUCAGGUUGUUUCUAAUGCACAGAAAUGCAGUUACUUAAUGCAAUUGCCUAAUUUAAUUAAGACUCCUGAAACUGUAACAUGUAAGAAUCUACCCCAAAACAUACACCAAGUGACAGAGACGGAAAAGCAAGAAGAGGCAUUCAUUCCAUCUUAUGAGGAUCGAUUUUUAACUGACUUUUUGCUAGAGAUGCCCAAAUAUGAACAAAGUAAAAUGAGAGAAGAACAGAAAGACAAUGAACAAAAGGCUGAAACUUCCUGUGGCACAGGAGUUAAGCAUGUUUCUGAAAGUCAGCCUGCGGUUUCCCCUCAGAAUACAUCAGAACAACAUGUAUUUUUUGUCGACCACACUUCCAAGUCUCACGAAAAGUUCAAAACAAAUUCUUCAACGAAUCACACGUAUGCAUCUGGGAGUGCAGCACUGCUUAGCACUCCGCAGCCUGGAUGGGCUCGAAAUGAGUACCCCAGCGUAGCAAAUGAGGGUUGUAAAGAUACCAGUAAUCAGGUGGAUAUCCAGCACCUGACCAUAAGAGAAACAUUACCGUUCUUUAUACCCAUGGGCCAGUCGGAGGGUUCUGUUACGAAUUUGUCAGCAAUGGGCUGUUCCAGCAGAGGAAGUCAAGUACAAGCAGAAUCCUUACAAACUGCAGUCCAAGUGGAUGAAAAUUUGAAUAAAUUGGAAAUUUUUCACAAAGCAUUGCAGGGUCAGUUCCAUAAGGUGCCCCAAAAGAACAAGGAUGAAAGUGUCUUGCAGGGGGAAGAAGGAGAAAUUCAAAGAGCUAAGCAGUAUGAUCCAGAGGAAGCUGAAGUAAAGCCUGCUAUGCAUGCUUUAACUAGCUCUGAGGCUCAGGAACAGGUUAUGAGUAAUAGCAUUAAGCAGUCCUGUCUUGACUUGAUCUCUUCCAGCAAGCUAACUGGGGUUGAGAAUUCAAUUAAAUCUACUAAGUCUACUCUGUCUGCUGAUAAAACUGAAAAAAUCUUGGCAUCAGAGAGUGCAGUAAGUGGUUUAGUGCACUUGCCACCAGCUGAUUCAGGGAAUGACCAGUAUUUUCAAGAGCAGCCACCUCACAGCAGACCUCCGCCCUGCUCCUUAGCAUUGACCGCAGACGAUGCGUUCCCAGUCCAAGUGGAAAGGCUGAAGAAUCAAGAAGGGUCAAAAUCUUGCCAGGCAGCACCAACUGUUGCUGAGCUUGAGCCCAUCAACCGUAAGCAAGACACAGCAAAGAGUGGGCACUUCGCUACUGGGGCUAAGGAGAAAGUACCACCAGCAGCACUGUCAAAGAAGCCCCGACUGGAGGAGGGAGGAAGUGUGAGCAAGACUCCGAGCUGUGUUAAAAAGCCUGUGAAAAGUGAGGCAGGCGUGAUUCGUAAAGACGACGGAAAAGAGCAAAGGAAACUACUUUCCAAAAAGGAUAGCAAAGCUCCCAAGCUGCUGAAGAAGAUACAGGCAGAGCUAUUCCCUGACUGCUCUGGAAAUAUUAAGUUAUGCUGUCAGUUUGGUGACAUUCAUGGCGACUCCACCAUUACAUGGACUAAAGAUUCCAAGUUACUAGCUCGACUGCAGAGAAGCGCCCAGGAUGACUCUCCCAUCUCUUUGGCAAUAGCUAAAGCUAGUAACAAAGACCAGGGAAUGUAUUAUUGCUGUUUGAAGAACAUUUAUGGGAAGGUGACUGCUGAGUUUAAUCUGACUUCUGAAGUUUUGGAACAUCUCUCAAGUUUUCAGAAUUUUGAAGGUCUGGAAGAAAUUGAAUUCAUGCAGCUCAUGUUCAGAGAGGAUUUCAUCAGUGAUAGCUAUUUUGGUGGGAACCUACACGGAAUAAUCGCUACGGAGGAGCUUCACUUUGGUGAAGGCAUGCACCGGAAAGCGUUCCGCAGCAAGGUGAUGCAAGGCCUGGUGCCAGUGUUCAGUCCUGGCCACCCCUGCGUUCUCAAAGUGCACAGUGCUAUCAUGUACGGGACCAGGAGCAAGGAUGAUCUAGUUCAAAAGAACUACAAACUAGCCCUGCAGGAAUGCUAUGUCCAAAAUACGGCAAGAGAGUAUGCGAAGAUAUAUGCAGCAGAAGCUGAACCUUUGGAAGGCUUUGGGGAAGUACCAGAGAUCAUUCCUAUUUUUCUUGUUCAUCGCCCUGCAAAUAACAUCCCCUACGCCACAGUGGAGGAGGAGCUGGUUGGGGAAUUUGUGAAAUACUCUGUCAAGGAUGGCAGGGAAGUCAAUUUCCUGAGAAGAGACUCGGAGGCUGGCCAGAAGUGUUGCACCUUCCAGCACUGGGUGUAUGAGAAGACCAAUGGGAGCUUGCUCGUCACUGACCUGCAAGGUGUAGGAAUGAAGUUAACUGACGUUGGCAUAGCAACAUUGACUAAAGGAUACAAAGGUUUUAAAGGCAACUGCUCCGUUUCCUUCAUUGAGCAGUUCAGAGUCCUUCACCAGUGUAAUAAGUACUGUGAGAUGCUGGGGUUGAAAUCUCUCCAAUCCACUCAUCAGAAACAGAGGAAACCAACAUCCACAAAAAGCAAAACUCUGCCAAACUCAACAACCGUAAAGAAAACAGUGCCCAGCGCCUAAGAAAGUAAGAGAACAGAGACUUCAUUUCUUCGGAGCAUUGAGUAAUACUGGCCCAACUUGUGAAGACUCCUCUUGAGGACAUGUAGUAGUGAUAGGCACUUAUGACCUGAUGGGGGGAUAACUUUAGUCCUUUGCCUUAUGACAUUGUUUUGAAGCCAUUCUGACGCUGAUGCCAGCAGCAAAGAAAGGAGCUGACUCUAGGACCCAGCUAGGUUAAGGUUUUGGUUUAGGUUUUGGAGACAAACUAAGCCAUCUGCCUGGAUUAUCUUGCAACUCUUCUGUACAGUUAUAUCUGCACAUUCUGAGUCUUGGACUUUGUGCAGAACGCAGGUCGCUGGAGAACAUCUUCCCUCAUGUGUGUGUAUGCCAGUGACCCUGUGGGUUCAGCUGCUAUGUAAACAUCAAUAUAUCUAAGAUGCCACUUAGUAAAGGUUUUGCACUAGUAUUGUUGUUCAGGCUCUUCUAGAACAAUUCCUUUCUUUACCAGAUCUUUGCGUAGUUGUGAUCCUACUCCUGUUGUUUUUUUUCCCUGGUUACAUGUCAUCUAACACAAGAUAAAGCCGUUGAUGAUUGCACAUACCUGUCUUCUGUCCCCACAGAAAGAUAGCUAAUAUCUUUAGGGUCCUCACAAAGUGAGAACCAACAAACCACCGACCAGCUGAAAGCUGGGCAACUUCUGUGAUUCUCCACUGAAUUCCUUGCUUCCCAAAUACUUGACUCUACAAUCAACCCCAUGGUGGAGUACUUUUGCACUUGCACCAACUCUGUUGUAGAUUAGAGGUUUGGAGUCUCCAUGCUGCUAAACAGCUCCCAUCUGAAAAGAGCCAUUAGAAAUGGAGGAUAUUUCAGUACCUUGCAAUAUUUACAAUUAAAAUACGUGUGAUGACUUUUCUAUUUAGUGUAGAGUUGUUUUUGAAGGAACAUAACAGGUGCCUUGGGCCAAUACUUGACUGCUAAAGAGGCAUUAUUUACCCAGAAUGCCUAGACAGUGCCAGAACAAAAAAGAUACGGUUCUCCACCAUAGUUAAGUGUAGCUUAUGUGAAGAUUGGAAGCCAAAGGAGCAAACUAUGCAUGUUGGAGGACUGCAACAAGUUUGCUGGAGCUUGGCAGUUGAAAAGCAGUGCCAAACACUUAGAAUACAAACACUGAACACUGUCAGAUUUCUUAACUCUGAGUGAUUACUAAAUAAAAUGUGGUGCCAAGAACCACUACCCAUGUAGAAGAGUCCUAUCAGUGCUGAAAGAAGAUAAAGAGAUUUCGAAGUAGGUUCUGCUUUGUAUUGAUAAGCUGUGGGUGCCAGCUGGAGAGAAACUGUUGGGUGAUAGCUGACACUAGGUAUAGAAACUAUCUGACUGCAGUAUAGAUGUAAAGACCUGGACUAGUCAUCCUAGAUUCCCCUUACAGUCAACUGAGGUCUAGUCAAUGGCAUCUAGAGCAAGAUUCAGGUCAUCUGAAAAAUAGACAAUUAAAACAGGUUAGAUGAACUGUACCAAAAAGUGCCUCUUUCUCUCCAUUGAGUGUAAAGGAAGCACAGAGUGUCAGACAGACAACUACAUUGUAAAAGCCUAAUGUUUCUUUGGACAAAGCCCUCUAGAACUGUGAGUUUUUAAUUGUUUUCUGUUAACUUAGGCAGAGGAGACUGUUACAAAACAUUAUGGCAGAAAUUUGAAUGGUAUUGUAGUCCACAUAAAAUGAAAUAUAUGAAAGACUAUUUGAAAGAUGAGUUUUAAAUAGAAAAUGCAAAAGGAAGGUGAAAACUCAGAAGAGUCCAUGACUGAGCUAUGGAUAAGCAGUCUAUCUUUGAGUCUACAGAUCUGAAUCCCUGCUCAAAGACCACAUUGUGACUGAAAUCUGGGACAAAACAUUAAGAAUGAAAGCUUUAAAAAAAGUUACAAUUUGCUGAGGAUGGGAAUUCAUUCAUUUUAAAAUUAAGUUGAAUGGCAAUGCUCUGCUACUGUGGAGAACCUGAAGUGUCACAAGAGACUGGAGGUAGAAAAGUAUAUGGAGCAGAAGUUCUGGAAGAGUCACAUCCUUGCAGCACCUCCUUGCUCUGGACAUUCUUCUUAUUAGCUCUUUACCUUUCUGUGGUGAUCGGAGAGGCUUAGAGAAAUAGGUCUGGUCUGGACAGCUUUCCAUCAGAGGAGAGUGCGAAUAUGGGAUAUGGGAAGGCAAGUUUACCACAGGGCUUUCCAGUUCUUCUGUAGCCAUGCAUGUGAGCAGUGUGCUGGACAACAUAACACAGCCCAGUGACUAGGCUGCUUGCACAUCACAGCCAAGGGGACAGUGUAAGAAACCUGCAUAAAAAGGUAAGAGAAGCCUGGCAUAGCCAUUGAGCUUGAAUUCUUUCAUGCCCUGCUAAGAAUAGAAGGUUACUCUGGGGCUACUGCCUGAUCCGGAUGCUCUGUGUGUGUGCAUCUGCAUGCAUGUAUGUCUGCAGGCCAGCUUUACUUUGCCUAAAGUAGUUUUUUGUCUGUUUUUCAUGUAGGAGCUGAAAAGUGGUUCCCUAGCCUUAUAAAGCAGAUGGCGGCUGGCCAUUCAGGAUACAACAGUUAUGAUUGUGCCUUGUAACGUCUUUGGGAAGGAAAUUUGCUUACAUUUCCUUUCCACCUUUUAGUGUUCGGCUUCCUCAUAUUUCUGAUCUCUGGGAGACAGGGCAACCCCCCACUGCAACCUCAGAGAAUUAGUUUUGUUGAUAUUUCAUGCCUGCCUAAAUAUGUCACUUUAUUGCAUUUACUUUGUGUGUUUACUACUGACGACCACACAGAGACAAUGAAUAUUAUCCUUGCCUGGAAAGAAGUAAGUCUUGAUCAUGCAAGUGACUAAGCUCAGAGGGAUUUUUGGGGCUCCCAUCUGGAACCAUCGUUCCAUCCCUGCAGAGUUGUUUGCAGGACUGAGUCCUACCUUUCUUCCUCAUUCAUUGGUCAAAUACUUGGAGACCAUGUUGUUCUUCACACCUGUUGGCCAGAAUAACCACAGCAGAAUCCGUAGAUCUGAAUCAUGAUUUUUAUGCUCCACAUAUCCAUGGAACACAGUACAUUGGAAGGCUCUGUGCUACUUUCCAGAGAAAAGAUCACAUUCAUGUGCUCUGGCAACAAAUAUAAAUGAAUCUUUUAUAAUAUUUUCCUCUGUGGGGAAGCCCACAGAAUGUGUCCCUAUACACCAAGCCCAUCGAUGGACGGUUAGUUAGGGACUCAGAGCACAUUCUGGUUACGUUGCUAUUUUGAUGGAUUUGCUAUUACUGCUCAAAGGCUAAUUGUGAUUUUCUUACUAUUGAUCUUGUGAACUAAAUGUGUAUGUGAGCAUUAUAUAAUAACAAGCCAUCAUAUUUGAGUUAAAUAGACAUCUUUCCCAACUAAAUUGGUUGCUUUUCCACUGCUCAGGAGUUUAUUGGCCGUAUUUUGUUUAUUAAUAGGCACAUUACACUGCUGAUGUAAUACAACACUGAGUAAAGCACAAUUCCUGAUUUUCUAUCAGUGGAAUUUCUGAGUGAUGAUAAUAGGAAAACCUAGCAAUACACUGUUUUAAAGCAGUCAUUUGCUUCUACUAGAACAAAAGCUUCAGUUAUAAUAAUGAUACAAGAUCCUGUUAAAAUUUAGUCAUUGCCCUUGAGUUCAGCUACAAGUGCAAUUACAUUGAAAUAAUUAGACAUUAAUUAGACAUUAGAGCUACCAAAAGGAGAAAAAGCUUAACUGCUUACCUCAGCUUAAAGAUAGCUUGACCAGUUUUAAAGCCUUGAUUAGUCAUGGUACUCACAUAUCAUUGCCCUUUGAUAUAUCUAAGUGAAGUAGAGAAUAGAGACAUUGCUUUUUAUCUGUUUCCUUGUUACCUCUUCCUCUUUCACACUUGCUCAGCUUUCUUGUUCUGUAUCUUCUCUAUAUAGGAAUAUCUUCUUUAGGUAGGACUCUCUCACAAAAAAUCCUCCGUUUCCUUGCUGAAAUUUCCUGGUGUUACCAUAGUAUAAAGAGUUUAAAAUCCAGUAGUCUGACAGGAUACUAGGAGAGUGCCAGGGUGCAUGUCAGAAACAGAAGGGAAAUGGUGAUUAACGUGCCGUAUGUCUGCCCAUGUCUAAAUGUCCGUGUCAGAUUUAAAAAAAAAGACUUUGUUAAUAAUUGCACUCAUUUGUAGACUGAUUAUUAGCCACUCUACCCACCUUAGUCUUGCUGUUAUACAAGAUACUUAUAUGCUGUGUUUCAGGAAGUAUUUCCCAGCUAAUUGAAAAAUAAUGAAAACUGAAUGCAUUUAAUCUCAACUUUAUACAGAGGUCUGAGCUAUGAAGUCAGACUGGGAGGAGAAAGUUGGUCCUAUUAAGUGCAGUUGACUUCAAUGGCACAAGAAAGAGUCAUCUACUAGAACCAUGGUUUUACCCUGAUGUACCUUUGUUUCCAAUAUGCAUCAGCUGGAUGUCUGCACAAUCAUAAGCAGUGAAAUCACAGUUAUCAGUGGGGUAAACAAAAUUCUCACUGGGCUUUAGAUUUAAUGGCCCAUUGAGAAGAAUGGAAGGAACAUCUACCUGUCUCACAGUGUUUUAAUCUGAGCCAAAAUCUGGUUUUCAGCCUUUCACAAAAGGGAACCAUGCAAAGUUUUUGCGAGCAAGUUUAAUAAAUCUGUUUUCUAAUCACAGAAGACACAUCAGCAAAUCAGAAACUAGAACCCAUUUUUUAAAGAAACACUUUCAGCUUAAUUCUUGCUGCUAGCAGUUGCAUUAUUACAUUAAUAGAUGUUCAUGACUACACACGGAAUGAAUAAAUUGCACUGGGUUCUAAUAGCAACUUUAAAAUGUUAUGCUUUUCACAGGGCACCACUGUAAUUUAGGCUGAUGAACUAAUGUGUUGUGAUUUAACUUCUAUUACACAGACUAACAAUGAUAAAACACUCAAGAAUGGAGAAUCAAUAAAGCGUCCACAGGAUGUUUCUUCUUGUUCAAAAAUAAUCACAUGAAUGGCUUACAGGUACUGAGUUUUUAAAUGUAUACCUCCCUCUAGAUAAAUUGAUGAUUUUGCCUAUUCUUUCCCAAUUUUUAAGUGCACUAGCCCAGCUCCAGUGGUAAUAUUUUCAAGAACACCUAAGGGAUUUUAGAGCAUAGGUCCACAUCCACAAAAUACUGGGCACAUAACACUUAAGAUGAUCUUUUUUCCAAAAUGUGUCUUGAAUACUUAGAACGUCAUUGCUCAAUAGAAAUUGGCCUCCUCAGUCCCUUCCAAAACAGAACCUCAAGUACUUCUGAAAAUCUCACCCAAACCGUCAGGAGUGUUCAGAUGCAUCGGUAAACGAAUCAGAGUACAUCAGUCCUCCAAGGAUUCAGGAAAAGAGCUGGUCUUAAGCUUUUGAAAAAACAGUGCGGAGUUGUUGGGAAUCAGCUGCAGACUCUGGUUCCAGCUUUAGAUCGCAAAUAACAAUGACCCCCACAAGGAGAAAGUCAGUUGGUACAGAAAAAGGUCAGUCUUGCCCUGAAAUAUGGGUAGAUAGGUCUAGAGUGCAGAAUAGUUUGAGAAACUUUUAACCAAAGUGACUGUAGCAUUUUUUAACCUCUGCGGGAAGAUAGAGCCUUGCCAUAAAACUUAGAUUAUUCUUCUGCUUCAAGUGUGGAAAACAAAAACAAAAACAAAAAAACCCCAAAGUGCUAAGUUUUAGGAUUUGAAUCUCUCUCCAUGACUGACUAGCCUUGGGUGAAUAGAUCAUUGCAGCACUUACUUAGAUACAUGUUUGCAGCCCUUGUGCCCACGCUCCAGGGGAUGCAGCCUCAGAAGGGAGCUGAUGUAUUGCAGAUGCUGUGCCUCUGAAUGCUUAUUCACUUGAAGCAGACUGCAAAGUGGAGGACACCAUUAGAAACCAGGCAGUAUGUUCCCCAAUCCAUUCCUUACGGACCAUGUAGCGAGAGAAAAAUGACUGGAUUCUCUUUUGUAUGCAGUUCUUACUGGGAGAAACUUUUUAAUAUAACCCCUGCAGAUCAGCCUCACAUAACCUAAGAGUAAACUGCAGGGAUUCAGCUCAUUAUGUCUUUUUUUUCCCUCUCUCCCCUAAAGAAACUUCGGUGUAUCUGUGGGUGUUGCAAAGGUCAUGUAGCUCUACAAUAAAAGCUUCAAAAAAUGA